AUCAUUACUCCUUCAUUCAUUGUUUGUCCUGCAUCCGAAAGAGGUGCUCUCCCGCCCGCCUCCCCAUUUUCCUAGUCACGGUUUCUCGAUCAUGCCGCUCUGGCGAAGUCGUUCGAGAUGAGCCAGGACUACUUUUCCCCCAAGGGCAAAUCCCCCGCUCGCUCCGACAACGCCGACGCUGACGCCGAUGCGCCCAAGGAUACCGCCUCGCCACCCUCUGCGGUUCCCGGCUACAUGACGGUUGGCAACGGUUCCACCUCUGAACACGCCGCGCGCCUCCAGAGUCUGCUCGAUGCGGAUUCCGGCUACGGUGGUAGCGUGACUGGCGAAGACCAACACCACUCGACCACAGCGGCCGCGUCGAGCCAUACCUGGGACAUGGCGAUGCACCACGACAGGCCGCAGUCUGGCGCGCUGCAUCAGAUGUGGUACAACUCGCAGCGCGCGACCCUCGGCCGCUCUAUCAAUAAGGUGUUGGAGCUCCUGCAAACCUUGCAAGAUAUGAACGCAUCCUGGCCAGCGCACUACCCAUCCGUCCAGCGAGCCGACACCUCUCCGUCUUCCGAGCGGCCGUCAUCCCGCCCCGGCCUUAGUCAUGCACACUCGAUGAUGGGAGAUGGCCCGACCACAUCCGCCUCGACGGAUCCUCCACCGGUCUUGCGACGAUCCAUGACGUCGCUUGAGAACGCUUCGGCCGAGUCAAGUCGAGCUGCUGAAAACCGAAGCAUUCCCGAGCCACGGCUCGUGUCGCCUCAGAUUGCGCAGGAAUUUUCCAUUUUGAAGUUGGACUUGAAGCUGGGCUCGUUGCAUCAGGCCGAACUGGUUCACUCCCUGGAGAAGAGCUCCAUUGCGUCACUCUUGGACGGCAAAAUCAGCUCAAGCAUAAAGCACCUGCUCUCACUCCGUGAGCGAAUCGAAGACACCUCCAGCAAAGUCCUCAUUACGGGAGACCUCAAUGCGGGCAAGUCCACAUUUUGCAAUGCGCUCUUGCGCCGCAAGGUGCUCCCUGAGGAUCAGCAACCCUGCACUGCCAUAUUCUGCGAAGUGCUCGAUGCAAGAGAAAACGCAAACAUCGAGGAAGUGCAUGCGGUUCACAAGGACACCACGUACAGCAGAAACGACGAGUCUACCUACGAUGUGUUCAGCCUGAAGGAGCUGGAAAGAAUAGUGGUGGAUAACGAGACAUAUACCCAGUGCAAGGUAUACGUCAAGGACGUGCGGACGAUCGACGAGUCGUUGUUGAACAACGGCGUCGUGGACAUUGCGCUGAUCGACGCACCCGGCCUAAACUCGGACACGACCAAGACGACUGCCAUUUUCGCCCGUCAGGAAGAGAUUGAUGUGGUCGUUUUCGUCGUCUCAGCGGCCAACCACUUUACUCAGUCCGCCAAGGAGUUUAUUUGGGCAGCCGCUGCGGAAAAAGCUUACAUCUUCAUCGUUGUCAAUGGCUACGACACCAUCAAGGACAAGGACCGGUGUCAGAAGCUCAUCCUGGAUCAGGUGGCCGGUCUCAGCCCGCGCACGCACAAAGAGUCAUCGGAGCUUGUGCACUUCGUCUCGAGCAACGCUAUCCCGGCGGGACCGUCUCCUCCGGGUGGCCCUGGCGGAAGUGGUGGUGGAAGCGGAAGCUCUAGUGGUGGCGGUGGUGACGACCCGGGAGCCGGCAGUGGCAAGGGCAAGGGCAAGGACAUGGACAAGGUCCGGGAUUUUGAGGCCCUGGAACAGUCCUUGCGCCGAUUUGUCCUCGAGAAGCGGGCUCGUUCCAAGCUGGCGCCCGCCAGGACGUACCUGCUGAACAUCCUCAACGAUGUCAAUACUUUGGCGACAGUCAACCAGGAAGUGGCCCAGUCAGAAAUGGAGCGGGUCACGCGAGAGCUCAAGGAGCUCGAGCCUCAACUCGAGUCUAGCCGCAAGGCCAGGUCGGAGGUCGGCGACCAGAUCGACCGCAAUAUCGAAGACACGUGCAAGGAGGUGUACGACCACACACGUGCAGAACUAAACAGCGCCAUCAGCCAGGCUGGGCGGACCAACUACGAUGUCCCGUAUCCAGGCUUCCUAGGCGCAUUCCAGUACGCCGAGGAUCUCAAGGAAGCAAUGCUUUCGCACAUCGGCGACGCGGUCACGAGCUGCGAGGAGCACGCGAGAUCCAAGACUGUCCAGGGGGUCAACGCAAUCAAGCAGCUGGGCCUCCUCCAUGUUGGAGACGAGUUCCAGAACCUGCAGUUCCGCCCGGAUGUCAUGUUCCGUCGCAAGCGCGACGCCCUCGCCCGCCAGGUCGACAUUCACACUGAGCUGUGGGACUUUGUCGACUGGUCGACCCUAUUACAGCGCCAGGAGAAGUUUGCGGGAACGGGCAUGGCCCUCACGGUUGCCGGUGCCGUUGUGCCGCGAAUGAUCGGGAUGGAUUCCUGGGUGAACCAGGCUCUAACAGCCACGCGCGUCUUGAGUAAUGACAACCUACGACAACUCAUUCUGCCCGGGAUUGUCGUAGCCGGUAUGUUGAAAUUAAUGCCCCAUCUUUUUAGAGCCCAACUAACACGCAUUGCUUGUUUAGCCGUUGCUGCGUCCGCAUACAUCCUUCAGCAGAUUCCCAACUCAUUGCCACCCCGUCUGGCCAGCAAAAUCUCAACUCAGCUCAGGAACCUCGACUACGUACACGCCAACUCGUCACGAAUCUCCUCAUCGGUGCGCAAGGUCUUGCGCUUCCCUGCUGACAACCUUCGGGUGGGCUUGGAUCAAAGCGUCAAGGACCUGGGCACCCGGCGGGAUGAGACAGUCAAAGUCAAGGCCGAGAGUGAGCGCGCCAGCAAGUUCUUCCGAACCCUCAUAAAUAAGAGCGAGGCGCAGCGCAGCAUGGUCGAGGGCGUGGAUCUGGAUGCACCGCCCCCAGGCGUGCAUUGAUUGAUGAAUUUCCUGAAUCACGAACACGAUGUUGACGGCGUUUUGGAGAGAGCGGGAGAUGUGAGGCAGGUUUUCUUGCGAUGGCCGUCCAUAUACUUUUGGUUGGGCCAAGACGAGGUCCCCAUUCUGCAGGAAACUUAGACUUGAUGGGAAAAGCUCUCCCCUCUGUUGUGGGCUUUGCUUUGCUCCGUCUUUUGUAAUUGCAUAGCUUGCUGAGCAGCAGUCUGAAGCAAGCGCGCUCCUUAGCGUCGCCCCUACCUUGGCAUACAAGAAAUAUACCCGUUGCCCCCUGUC